AUGAAAUACGACGUCAUUGUAAUCGGCGCCGGUUCGGCGGGUUGCGUUGUUGCCGCUCGUUUGUCAGAAGACCCAAACCGCUCGGUGCUACUGCUGGAAGCAGGGCCCGACUAUCCCGACUUCGAGCAUUACCCCGAAGAUUUGAAGUUCGGUUACAACGCCACCGCAUCUCAACCGGGAGCACCCCACAACUGGUCAUUCCAGGCCCGGGGUCGUCCCGAGCAAACCGAGCCCAUGCCGGUUCCCCGGGGCAAAGUAGUCGGCGGCACCAGCGCGAUUAACGGCCAGGUGUUGCUGCGCGGCGUUCCCGAAGAUUACGACUCCUGGGCUGCCAUGGGUAACGAUGAGUGGGCAUACGUGAACGUGUUGCCCUAUUUCAGAAAGUUGGAAACCGAUACCGACAUUCGCGAUGAUUUUCACGGCACGGACGGUCCUAUCCCGGUGCGCCGUUUCCAGAAACCCGACUGGUUGCCAUUCCAGCAAGCCUUUUUCCAGGCCGCCGUUGACGCCGGAUACCCUGAAGAUGCCGACAUGAACCAUCCGGAAUCCGGCGGAGUCGGCCCCAUUCCCAUGAACAACCCCAACGGCAUACGAAUGAGCACGGGUCUCACCUACAUAAACCCAAACCGCCAUCGGCUCAACCUGACCGUUCGUGGCAAUGUUAUGGUCCGGCGAAUUUUGUUCGCCCGCAACACCGUGUGGGGCGUUGAAGUCGAGAGUGGCGGGGAUAUCUUUCAGUUGGAAGCGAACGAAAUAGUGCUCAGCGCCGGCGCCAUCGCAUCACCGCAAAUCCUCAUGCUGUCCGGUGUGGGUCCGGCAGACCACCUGCGCAGCCUGGGGAUUCCAGUCGUGCAUGACUCGCCCGGCGUCGGCAAGAAUUUCAGAGACCACCCCAUGGCGCCCGUCCGUCUCCGCGUCAAGGACGAUUUUCCCCAGGACCCUGAUGCUCCCAGAAUCCAGGCCGCCCUUCGUUACACCUCCAGCGCGAACAAUCUACGCAACGACAUCCAGAUCAUGCCUUCUUCCUUCUCCUUCCCGUUGGGCGGCGACCCCCUGGAAGGUGAGGGCGUACGUUUCUCCUGCAUCCUGGAACUGGCGGCUGGCAAGGGCGAAAUCACUCUCGCCUCCGCUGAUCCCGGCGACCAACCGAACCUUUACUACGGUUUCCUGGAAGAACCUUCCGACCGCGAGCGGUUGCGGGAGGCCGUGAGAAUCUGCUUCGGCUUGCUGGAGCAUCCGGCAUUCAAUGAUAUUGUCGACGGACCCUUGACACCCACGGAGGAAGAACUGGCUUCCGACGAGGCGUUGGACGACUGGCUCAAUAAAAAUGUUACUACGUCCCAACAUCUGGCCGGCACGUGCAAGAUGGGUCCCGACUCAGACCCGAUGGCCGUUGUCGACCAGUUCUGCAGGGUGCGCGGCGUGCAUGGAUUACGUGUGGCCGACACGUCCGUAAUGCCGGACGUCGUCCGCGCCAACACCAACACCACCGCCAUGACCAUCGGCGAGCGCGUUGCCGAUUGGGUGAAGAGCCAAUAG